AUAUUCUCAAUAAACUUUCAAUCUUGUUAUAUUCAUCAUCUAAGUUUUAUGAUAUUUUUAAUGAAUGAUUUAUUUUGUCUGUAAUCGAUUGGAUGCCUCAAAUUGGACCAAACUGACUUGCCCAACACUAAAUUUUUUUUCGGACAGCUGCUUCUCCCACAAAUAAACCCAUCGACUGACCAGCUAAAAUAUCUGAAUUAUUAUCAGAGUUUAAUUUCAAAAUUUCUGAUCAUAGACGAUUAAUACUACAUAAGAUCUGAUAAUUUCGAGAUAGCACAACGUGUACAAGAAAAUGAACAUGAACGUGAAUGUGAAAUUGAAUUUUGCCAUGACCACUAACGUGGCGAAAAAUAGCCGCAAGACGUAUUCCUCAGGAAAUCUAGUGGAAUACGAAGAAAGUGAUACGGAGGAAGCUCUGAAGAAAAAUGCUGGCCAACCCAUCAAAUUAUCAGGAGAUCAAGAUAAUGGCAAAAAAAUUUCAGAAGAAUUGGAAGAAUGUGCUUCUACUAUUAUAUGGCAGGACUUUUCUCACAACGCAUGUGAGGGAAGCUCAUCAAACGCAUCAUGGAGCUCCAUCAAAAGAUGGUUUGUAGAUAUGGGAUGUUCUUCCACCAUAGUUGAUAAGGCUAUUGAUAUAUAUGGAACGAAGAAUGAGGAUGACAUAUUAGAAUAUGUAUUAGCUUGUCAAGCUGCUGAUUAUUCAUCAGAUUCGAGUCACCAAGAUUCUUUCACUGAUUUAGAGAGAUUGGAGUGGGAGGACACGUAUAACUUUGGAGAGAAUGAAGUGAAAAGCCAGCCGCAGUUCUCUGAAUUUGCACAUCUAAAGGAGGCUCAACCAGAAGAUUUUAAGGCAGAUAUUAUCAUGGCCCAACUGAUGGAAAUGGGGUAUUCUGAAAAUGAAAUCUCUGCAGCCAUUCAAAUAAAUGGGGUUCAUACUCAUAUACAUGAGUUGGUAGAUUUUAUUCAUGCUUAUAUGCAGGAGACAGAAAUUGGCAAGAAUGUGGUAAAUGUAGUUCUUGAAAAUUACAAAGACAAGGGAAAGAAGAAACAAAAUGGAGAGGUAUGCAGGAGUAAAUUUCGUAAAAGAAAGAAGGAAGAUAUUAUCAUAAGUAGCAUGGAAACUGACUCCACUUUAGUCCAUAAGAGGUUAAUGGGCUUUGGAGUUCCUGGAUUUCCUGCAAAAGGCCGUUCCAAGCAAUUGAAGGAGUUUAUGCAAGGGCCUCCAUUCUUCUAUUUUGAAAAUGUUGCCAUUGCACCAAAGGAUGUUUGGAAGACAGUAUCUCGACAUUUUGAUGGUGUAGAGGUGGAGUUUGUCGACUCCAAAUACUUUUCAGCUUCAAAGAGACCAAGAGGCUAUGUGCACAACCUUCCAAUAGAAGGGAGGUCUCAACUCUUGCCUCUGCCUCCUAUGACUAUUGAUGAAGCAUUUCCUCAAACAAAGAAGUAUUGGCCUUCCUGGGAUCAUAGGGAAAAACUGAAUUGCAUAUGCGGCUCACGGGCCAGUGAUGUACAAUGCCAGGAACUCAGGUCGAUAAUUAAAAGAUCUCAUGGCAAACCAUCUUUGAGUGAGCAGGCAUACAUACUUCACCUGUGCAAGAAGAACAACUUGAUAUGGGUGGGGCCAGAUCAGAUGGCCCCUCUGGAGCCUCAUGAGAUAGAGCUUGUACUGGGAUUUGGAAAAGAUCACACCCGGGGAGUGUCAUCUAUGACAGAGCGUCUUCAGUGUUUGGGAAAUGCAUUCCAAAUUGACACAGUAGCGUACCAUUUGUCUGUGUUGAAACCAUUUUAUCCCAGUGGCAUUAAAGUCCUCUCUUUGUUUUCUGGUAUAGGUGGAGCAGAGGUUGCUUUGCAUCGAAUAGGGAUAAGUUUAAAAUGCGUUGUGUCUGUAGAAAUAUGUCCAAAGAACAGGCUUACACUGAGUUCCUGGUGGAAGAAAACACAACAAACAGGCACAUUGAUUGAAAAGGAAGACGUGCAAGACUUGACCAGAGAAGUACUUGAGGAAGUUAUUGAUAGAGUUGGAGGUUUUGAUCUCAUUGUUGGUGGUAGUCCCUGCAACAACCUUUCUGGCAACAACAGAGUUAGCAGGAAUGGCCUGGAGGGGAAACAGUCUUCCAUUUUUUAUGAGUUCCCUCGGAUUUUGAAUGAGAUCAGGCAAAUAAUGCACUCCAAACCUCUCUUUUAGAAUUUGAUCUAUCUCUAUAGGGCCAUGUGCAUUUUCAACUGAUUUAAACGGCAUUGGUGUGAGGUCUGUGAAUCAUCUUGAUUCAUCUACUUUGACUCUUUCUUCCAUAUAAAAGACUCUCUAUAAAAAAUGAUUUGAUUUUUCUAUCGGGAUGCUCCAUCUCUGAUGUGGGGAUGUCUAAUAUUUUGUGUACAUAUUGAUUCUACAAUGGCAUCCCAUUGAUCACUAGUAAAAGUUUUCUGUUAAAUUUGUUUUCUA